AUGCCAGGAAGGAGACACGGGCCUCGUCUGCCCGAGGGCGCCGGCAACGAUAGCAGCGAGGGCCAGAGCCAGUAUCUCUCGCUGCCGAACUCGCCCACCAGCGUCCGACGACCGGUUGCCAACAUGAGCAGGAGGCCUUCCACCGCCGAGCAACCCCCAGACGAGCGGUCGCCGCUCUUGGGGGUGCCGCGAACCUCGCACACCCGCCGCGUGCACAGCGCCCACGGCUCGCCGCGAAUACCCCAUCUGUCGAGGAAUCAGAGCUACGCCGACAGCAUCAAAAGCAUCCGCCACCACACCCGCGGCGGAUCGUGGGGCACGCGCCUGAUUCAGGCGCUGGCGGACCGCCAGGAGUCCUCCAUGGCCGACUCCAAGCAGUUCGGCCCCGUCUUCCCCGACGACCGUGUGUGGUACGACCAGUUCACGUCGACCGACUGGGUGCACGACAGCAUCGCCGACGCCUACCGCGUCAAGGCCCUGCGCGCCCGCAAGGACUUCUGGGGCCGCGUCUACGUGCUGUUCGACGGCGCCCAGGGCUGGAUCCUGAGUGCCCUGGUCGGGUUUAUCGUUGCCGUGCUGGCGUACGUGGUCAACGUGAGCGAGGCGACCGUGUUUGAUUUCAAGGAUGGGUACUGCACCAGGGGGUGGUAUAUCAAUGAGAAGAAAUGCUGCCCGCACGGCCCUUGCACCGACUGGCGGGACUGGGGCGAGGUCCUACAGGGGUUCCCAUUUGGCGAGAGAUGGACCGAAUAUGCCGUCUACAUCGUGGCUGUCAUCACGCUGGCCAGUCUGUCUUGUCUUCUCUCGCUCACCACCAAGACGGUCGUACCCUCGGCGUACCGACUGACGACCCUGGACGAGAACCUCGCCGCCGAGGCUGUCGCGCCGCAGCCAGAGCAAGAGACGGCUGAUGGCGCAGGCAGCAUCAGCCCCCGGCAGACACAACCGGAGAAGACGGCGGCCCCGCCCAUGGUCUACUACUCGGCCGCCGGCAGCGGCGUUGCCGAAGUGCGCGUCAUUCUUAGCGGCUUCGUGCUGCACGGCUUCCUGGGCAUCAAGACGCUCAUCAUCAAGACCCUCGCGCUGAUCCUCAGCGUCGCCUCGGGCCUGAGCUUGGGCAAGGAGGGCCCUUACGUGCACAUCGCAACGUGCGUCGGAAACAUCGCCUGCCGUCUCUUCCAGAAGUACGACCGCAACGAUGCGAAGAGGCGUGAGGUCCUGUCCGCGGCGGCCGCCGCCGGUGUGGCUGUCGCGUUCGGCGCGCCCCUCGGCGGCGUGCUCUUUGGCCUGGAGGAGGUGGCCUACUUCUUCCCGGCCAAGACGCUGUUCCGGACAUUCUUUUGCUGCAUCACGGCCGCGUUGACGCUCAAGUUCCUGAAUCCCUACGGGACGCACAAGAUCGUCAUGUUCCAGGUGCGCUACCUCGUCGACUGGGAGUACUUUGAGAUCUGCAGCUUCAUUGCGGUCGGCGUGCUCGGAGGUGCGGCCGGCGCUCUGUUCAUCAAAGCGUCCCGCCACUGGGCCAAGACUUUCCGCCGCAUCCCAGUUAUCAAGGCGUAUCCCCUGCUCGAGGUGGUGCUCGUGGCGUUGAUCACGGGCUUGAUCGGGUACUGGAAUGUCUUUACCAGGCUCCCCGUGGCUAAGCUGCUGUACAACCUUGCCGCGCCAUGCGACGAUCGGGAUAACAAUCUUGAGAAUCUGGGCUUGUGUCCGGAGGAGAUCGGCGAUAUCCCGCCUAUUCUCUCCAACUUGUUUGCCGCCUUCUUGAUCAAAGGUUUCCUGACCAUCAUCACAUUCGGCAUCAAAGUCCCAGCCGGCAUCUAUGUGCCGUCCAUGGUGGUUGGCGGUCUGAUGGGCCGCCUGAUAGGACACGUCGUCCAGUGGAUGGUGAUGGCCACGCCAGACUGGGGCGUCUGGGGCACCUGUGGGAAGAUGCCGAACGCGACCUGCAUCCAGCCGGGGGUCUACGGUCUCAUUGCCGCCGGUUCGACCAUGUGCGGUGUCACGCGCCUCUCCGUCACGCUUGCUGUCAUCCUCUUUGAACUGACCGGCAGCUUGGACUACGUCUUGCCGUUCUCGUUGGCUAUCCUAGUCGCCAAGUGGACCGCCGAUGCGAUCGAGCCGCUCAGCAUCUACGACCUCCUUACGGAGAUGAACUCAUACCCUUACCUCAACAACAAGCACAAGCCCAUCUUCACCUCGGACCUGGCCGACAUCGUACCGCGCGUCCGCAAGGAGCGCAUCAUCGACAUCACCAACUCGCCCGUCGUGCCGGCGUCGCAGCUGCGCAUGAAGCUCGAGCUGCUGCACAAGGCCGGCGAGCUGGACGGCGGUCUGCCCAUCGUGCGCGACGGCAUCCUCGUCGGGCUCAUCCCCGCACCCGAUCUGGAGUACGCGCUCGACAACCUGCACGACGAAGGGUCGAGCUUGUGUCUGAUGGCGCCUGUGCCGAGCAUCGACGAUUCGGAUGAUGGUGGACCGGACCCGACGGAUUUCACGCCAUAUAUUGAUCCUGCACCGGUUGCGCUGGAUAUCAGAUCGCCGUUGGAUUUGGUGUACGAGUGCUUUGUGAAGUUGGGGCUGAGGUACAUCUGUGUAUUGCGGGACGGGAAGUAUGCGGGCAUGACGCACAAGAAGACGUUUGUCAAGUACAUGCGAGAGCUGGAGGAGAAGGAAGGGCAUCGCUGA